GCAAGGCUACCUAGCGGACUUUCCGAAGUUCCAGUCUACGUUCAUCCGGCUGGCUAAUGAAGCCAGGUUAUCACGCGACCAGUGGAAAGAGGAACUCCACGACAGACUCUACGAUAGUCUAAGGCUAACAAUGGCGGAAGCCGUGGGUAACGACGAAAUUAGCUUCCAGAAGUACUACAGUAAAGCCACGACGCAGGCACGAGAGCUAGAAAGGUCAGGCAAAGCCAGUAAGGCCCGUAGAGAGAGUUAGAAGCGUGGUAAACCGACUAGAACAACUUCCACCUCAACAACGACGAAUAGAACUUCAUACCGAUUAGGGAGCGGAGGAACCACCUCACCCA